CAACGAAUCAUUCACACACCUGCAGCUCUGCUGCGACAGUGCACGCCCGGGUGAUCCAGAUUGCUUUUGCCACCAACCUGAAGACAUAUAGAGGCAGAAGGACAGGAAUCAUUCUGUUUGUUUCAUGUUUUGGAACUUCCAUGUAUAUAGGGUUUUGAGCUCAUCUUCAUCAUCCAUAGGAGGAAAUCAGUGGUAAAAUCCUUGGAAAUACAAUGAGACUCAUCGAAAACAUUUACAUAUUUUGUAGUAUUGUUAUGACAGCAGAGGGCGAGGUUCCAGAGCUGCCAGGAGAAAGGGAGCUGAUGACCAACUGCUCCAACAUGUCUUUAAGAAAGGUUCCUGCGGACUUGACCCCAGCCACAAGCACACUGGAUUUAUCCUAUAACCUCCUUUUUCAACUCCAGAGUUCAGAUUUUCAUUCUCUCUCCAAACUGAAAGUUUUGAUUCUAUGCCAUAACAGAAUCCAGCAACUGAAUCUCAAAAUCUUUGAAUUCAACAAGGAGUUAAGAUAUUUAGAUUUGUCUAAUAACAGACUGAAGAGUGUAAGUUGGUAUUCACUGGCAGGUCUCAGGUAUUUAGAUCUUUCUUUUAAUGACUUUGACAGCAUGCCUAUCUGUGAGGAAGCUGGCAACAUGUCACACCUGGAAAUCCUAGGUUUGAGUGGGGCAAAAAUACAAAAAUCAGAUUUCCAGAAAAUUGCUCAUCUGUAUCUAAAUACUGUCUUCUUAGGAUUCAGAACUCUUUCUCAUUAUGAAGAAGGUAGCCUGCCCGUCUUAAACACAACAAAACUGCACAUUGUUUUACCAAUGAAUACAAAUUUCUGGGUUCUUUUGCGUGAUGGAAUCAAGACUUCAAAAAUAUUAGAAAUGACAAAUAUAGAUGGCAAAAGCCAAUUUGCAAGUUAUGAAAUGCAACGAAAUCUGAGUUUAGAAAAUGCUAAGACAUCGGUUCUAUUACUUAAUAAAGUUGAUUUGCUCUGGGACCACCUUUUCUCUAUUUUCCAAUUUGUUUGGCAUACAUCAGUGGAAUACUUUCAGAUCCGAAAUGUGACUUUUAGUGGUAAGGUUUAUCUUGACCACAAUUCAUUUGACUACUCAAAUACUGUAAUGAGAACUAUAAAACUGGAGCAUGUGCAUUACAGAAUGCCUUACAUUCAGCAGGAUAAAAUCUAUUUGCUUUUGACCAAAAUGGACAUAGAAAACCUGACAAUAUCAAAUGCACAAAUUCCACAUAUGCUAUUCCCUAAUUAUCCUACAAAAUUCCAAUAUUUAAAUUUUGCCAAUAAUAUCUUAACAGACGAGUUGUUUAAAAGAACUAUCCAAUUGCCUCACUUGAAAACUCUCAUUUUGAAGGGCAAUAAGCUGGAGACACUUUCUUUAGUGAGUCGCUUUUCUAGCAACACACCCUUGGAACACGUGGAUCUGAGUCAAAAUCUAUUACAACAUAAAAAUGAUGAAAAUUGCUCAUGGCCAGAAACUGUGGUCACCAUGAACCUGUCAUACAAUAAAUUGUCUGAUUCUGUUUUCAGGUGCUUACCCAAAAGUAUUCAAAUACUUGACCUAAAUAAUAACCAAAUCCAAGCUGUACCUAAAGAGACUAUUCAUCUAAUGGCCUUACAAGAGCUAAAUAUUGCAUUUAAUUUUCUAACCGAUCUCCCUGGGUGUAGUCAUUUCAGUAGACUCUCAAUUCUGAACAUUGAAAUGAACUUAAUUCUCAGCCCAUCUCUGGAUUUUUUUCAGAGCUGUCAGAAAGUUAAGACUCUAAAUGCAGGAAGAAAUCCGUUCUGGUGUACCUGUGAAUUAAAACGUUUCAUUCAGCUUGAAACAUAUUCAGAAGGCAUGAUGGUUGGAUGGUCAGAUUCAUACAUCUGUGAAUACCCUUUAAACCUAAGGGGGACUCGGCUAAAAGAUGUUCAUCUUCCUGAAUUAUCUUGCAACACAGCUCUGUUGAUUGUCACCAUUGUGCUUAUCAUGCUAGUUCUGGGGUUGGUUGUGGGCUUCUGUUGUCUCCACUUUGAUCUGCCCUGGUAUCUCAGGAUGCUAGGUCAAUGCACACAAACGUGGCACAGGGUUAGGAAGACAGCCCAAGAACAACUCAAGAGAAAUGUCCAAUUCCAUACAUUUAUUGCAUAUGGUGAACAUGAUUCUCUAUGGGUGAAGAAUGAAUUGAUCCCCAAUCUAGAGAAAGAAGACGGUUCUAUCUUGAUUUGCCUUUAUGAAAGAAACUUUGACCCUGGAAAGAGUGUUAGUGAAAAUAUUGUGAGCUUCAUGGAGAAGAGUUACAAGAGCAUCUUUGUUCUGUCUCCCAACUUUGUCCAGAGUGAGUGGUGCCAUUAUGAACUCUACUUUGCCCACCACAAUCUCUUCCAUGAAAAUUCUGAUUGUCUAAUUCUUAUCUUACUGGAACCCAUUCCAUUCUACUGCAUUCCCACCAGGUAUCCUAAACUGAAAGCUCUCCUGGAAAAAAAAGCAUAUUUGGAAUGGCCCAAGGAUAGGCGUAAAUGUGGGCUUUUCUGGGCAAACCUUCGAGCCGCUCUUAAUAUUCGUGUAUCAGCCACCAGAGAAAUGUGUGAACUACAGGCAUUCACGGAGUUCAAUGAAGAGUCUCGAGGUUCUACAGUCUCUCUGAUGAGAACAGGACUGCCUAUAAAAUGCCACAGCCCUGGGGAAGUUGGGGAACACAUACAUUGUUGGGAUAUAAUCCGCAACAAAGUGGCCUUUACGCUUUGCAUUUGA